CUUAAUAUAUUAACGGCGGGUAUUAUAAGGAUUAGUUUUAGCCUAGGUAAGGAAAUCGUUGCCCUAGGUAUAAUAAAAAUAGAAACGUACUUCGAAACGAUGACUUUUUAUAUUUUACCCGUUAAUACCCUAUUUCUCUUAUAUUUAAAAGAUAUAGAUCGACUAGGUAUUAUAUUCAAUAAUACGAGGAAUAGAAUUUCUAGCAGUAAGUACUUUAAAAUAGUCGAACGAUAA